AUGGGACAGGGCAAAAAGUUAGCUACUUGGCGGCGGCGUAGACAAGCAGUCGAGGAAGAAAUCCCGGGGAAUUUCAACUGGUCGGAGCUUUGUCCGGAUUUGCUGAGAUGCGUUUUCAAACGAUUGAGUUUCACAGCUCUCAGUCGAGCAAAAUCAGUAUGUUCUUCGUGGCACUCUGCUUCGAGAGGCUGUGUCCCUAACCGAAAUCAGAUUCCAUGGCUGGUUCUCUUCCCUCGCAACGAGGAAACCAACAAAGAAAGUAGUUGUGUCUUGUUCGUCCCAGACGACACAGAAAGAGUCUACAAAACAAGAGAUCUCGGUCUUGACUUUUUCAAGAGUCGUUGUCUAGCGACUUGUGGUAGCUGGCUCCUAAUGUCAAGUCCUCUACGGGAUCUCUACAUGCUCAAUCCUUUAACUGGGGAGAGGACUAAUCUACCCGUUACUCAGUAUCUUAGAGCAGACUUAAAGUACGAGCGAGCAUGUUUUUGGAUAGACAACAAAACCAAAGAUUACCUAGUUAUAUGGAACAUGGCCAAGUCUUCUACAUUUAUCAAGAAAAGGGAUAACAAGUGGCACGAGUUUCCGAUGGUCAGAUGGAAUGAAGAUUUGCUCUACAAUCACAAGGACCAAAAGCUCUACGUCUAUAAUCAAAAGUAUUGUUCUGUCACGACUUGGGAUUUCUCAGGAGAUGGUAUCCCACGCGAAGUUGAUGAGCAUCAUCUUUCCUUUUGGUUCAAUCAUUAUGAUUUUCCCUCUUGGCUUAAUGAAGAAGAUGAUGAACUCUAUUGGGAGAAGCUAGUCGACUUCAGGACACGCGUUGCAGUCUCAGUAUCUGGAGAUGUUUUGGGUGUAGCAUGUAUAAAGUUUAGCUGCAAAACAUGGCAUUUUCGUAUCUACAAGCACGUGAACGGCGAGCGUGUGAAGAUCGAUUCUUUGGGCGAUGAGUCAUUGAUCUACGACAUAGGUAUCACUGUUUUCGCCAAAGACAUCCCAGGGAUCAAAAGAAACUCUAUCUAUUUCAGUGGGCUCGACCAUGGGAGAGAGGAUCCAGGUCACAUAUUUGUCUAUGAUCUCACCACCCAAAAGAUGGAACCUUUGCCACAACGCAUCUUCUCCUCCAUACAAUUCUCUGAUGCUCGAUGGUUCUUCCCGUGCUAGUCUAGCUUCAAUGAUUAUUUGCUUGGUUUGUUCUUGCUUUCCGAUUUCAAGUCUUGAUAAUAUAAUGAUGAUACAUUAUAUUAUUUCAUCGUCUUUCCUUAUCUGCUGAGAGUUUAGUCUCACAAUUACAAGUCUCAACGAGACACAAUUGGGGGCUAACUCGUGCUUUGAUUAAAGAAUGGUGUACUAAUAUUUUAUCUUUUUUAGCUAUGU